AUGCUUGACCUCAGUCAUAAUUCUCUCACAGGGACCAUCCCAAGUGACAUUGGCAGGCUUGAUAAGCUGGAAAACCUGAACCUCUCUCAUAAUGGACUUUCCGGUUCCCUUCCAUCGAGCUACAGUGACAUGCAAAGCUUGUUAACCUUUGAUGUGUCGUACAACAACUUGGAAGGGCCAAUUCCUGAGAAUCGAUUCUUGCAGAAUGCGCAGGUAGAAUGGUUUGAGCACAACAAAGGCUUGUGCGGCAAAGUGCUUCAUUUAUCUCCAUGUCCACAACCUGCAAGCCGCCAUGGUUCAAACAAGCGCCGCAAAAUAGUUCUUGCAAGUGUGCUUCCUCCAGUGGUGCUUCUUUUCCUCGUGAUUCUACUCGGAUUGAUCAUUACACUCCGCGUUCGACGGAAAAAUCUGAAGGAAAACAACACGGAAGCCUCCGCUAAGGAUCUACUUUCUGCAUUGGAUUUUGAUGGAAAGGUUCUGUAUGAUGAAAUCGUUGAAGCCACAGAAAACUUUGAUGAGAAGUACUGUAUUGGGGUGGGAGGAUACAGCAGUGUCUACAAAGCACAGAUCCGUACAGGCCAGGUAGUAGCUGUUAAGAAGCUUCAUUCUUUAGACGAUGAGAGAGGAUUCAGGAGUGAGAUUGAGGCCCUGACCAAGAUACGGCAUCGUAACAUCGUGAGAUUUUAUGGCUUCUGCUCUCAUGCUCGGUGCAUGUUUCUCAUCUAUGACUACAUUGAGAAGGGCAACUUAUCGACCAUUCUGAGCAGUGAAGAAGUAGCCACCGAACUGGACUGGAGUAAGAGAGUAUGCCUCAUCAAGGAUGUGGCCGAUGCUUUGUCCUACAUGCACCAUGAUUGCAGUCCGCCUGUCGUGCACCGAGACAAAUCGAGCAAGAACAUUCUGCUGGAUUCAGAGCUCAAGGCUCGUGUUGCAGACUUUGGCAUUGCAAGGUCAGUGAAUCCGGAUUCGUCGAAUUGGAGUGAGCAUGCAGGCACACCCGGAUACAUGGCACCAGAGCUUUCUUACACCAUGAAGAUCACCGAGAAGCAUGAUGUGUAUAGCUUUGGCGUGGUGAUUCUGGAAGUGCUGCAAGGGAGGCAUCCUGGGGAGCUCAUCUCCGCUUGGCCAUCAGAUGGUCAAAGUAUAUUGCUCAUGGAUCUACUGGACCAACGUAUCCCACUCCCAACACCGGAGGAAUCAAAUGCUGUGAUGUUGGCUGCAAAGCUUGCGCUACAAUGCAUCAGCAUCAGACCACAGUCUCGACCAAGCAUGCAACAUGUAUCUCAAGCACUUGAUGCUGGCAAGGUUGAAGCUACUCGGCAGCCUUUUCACACAGUUCAAUUGCAUCAGUUGAUGAGGUUCACAUGAAAUAAAGCAUUGGAAGAUUGCAAGCAUGACAGAACUUUGGCAUUUUUAUACUAGCAUAUAUAUGUAGAUUUUCUUCGCUUUGCAUGUAUAUCAUACAUUGUAAG